AUGAAGACUGAUGAAAAUGCUGAUUUUCUCAAUACCAUCUCACCUUAUUUUUCCGUAAAACCAACAAAAUAUGGUGGUCGUGGUUGUUUUGCCAAUACUGAUCUUGUUCAAGGUACAAUUGUUCAUCGAUGUUCUUCACCAUUGAGUUCAACUAUCACUCGACCAUUUAAGAAACAAGUGUGUGAAUCGUGUUUCAAAUUUUCCGAAGGAAAAACUUUCAAAUUUAAACUAACGUCACGAAAAAACACAUCGACAUCAACUUCUCCAUCAGCACUUUAUUUCUGUUCUCAAUCUUGUAUGGACAAAUUCAUUGCUUUAGAUAUCGAUGAUUUAUACUUAGAAAGUGUAUUGAAUGUGGAAAGACUUUUCCUCAGAAUAUUAAAAGAUCGAUGUCAAAUGAACUUUAAAGACGAAGAAGAACAAGAAACUGAAAUGAUUUUGAAAUUAGAAAAUGAAUUGAAACAAAGUAACAAUAACGAAUUAUUCAUUUCUCAAAAAUGGCAAGAAGUUGAAAUGAUUUGUCAAUUACAAUUAUCGAAAUUGAAAACAAAACAAAGACAAAAUUUAGAUGGUUUCAUUCCUCGAAUUAAUGAAAAUGAAUAUUUGGAUAUAAAAUACAUUAUUGGAAUUUUAUGUCAAAUGUAUAAAAAUGAAUAUAAAUCAUUAUCCAGCGAAUCUUCUUCUUCAUUAGAACUUCAAAUAUUUCCAUAUCUUCAAUCAAAUGAUGUUGAAAAGAUUUUCAAAUAUCCUUAUUUACUUCAUUCUUAUACAAAUAAAAUUUACAAAUUUUUGAAGUUCUCGACAUGUGAAAAUCUUCAACCGUACAUUACUCCACCCAUAAUUCGUUCAAUUAUUGGGAAAACUUUAACAAAUGUUUAUGGAAUUUGGUCAAUUGAUGAAACUAAUGGAAAUGAGGAAUUCUUUGGAUAUUCUUUGUAUCCAUCUGCUUCAUUUUUCAAUCAUUCAUGUCAUCCAAAUGUAAUUAAAAUUAAAAACGAAGGAUAUUUCUCUUUUAAACUUUUGAGAAAUGUUCAAAAAAAUGAAGAACUAUGUGUAAAUUAUGGUGUUUAUAUUAAUGACGAUUUCGAAACCAGACAAAAAUUCUUAAAACAAUGGUUCUUCGAUUGUUUAUGUCAACGAUGUGUUGAAGAGAUCAAUGUAAAAAACAAAGAAAAAGUGUAA